AUAAAAAAAGGUUUUAUAAAAUAAAAGUAAAAUUUUCAUAUAUAUACAUAUAUACGUAUAUAUGGUAUUUGAUGUUACAUUAUAUAGAAACACAAGAAGCACAAGCACGCAGUUGAAGCAGAGAUGGGACCCUUGUCCUGUGCUUAAAUUCGAGCUUUUUCGUGGACGACACGAUCCGAGUCUGCCGCUCGAUCUCUCACUCUCUCUUUCUCUCUCGCAAAAUCUUUUAUAUCUUUCCUUUUUCUUUGAUUCUCUCUCAUUUUCUUCCUCUUUCUUAAUUUUCUUGCUAACCAACAGAAAAAAUCUCUUAUGGAAAUGGACGAUCACCAUCACCAUCAUCAUCACCAGUAUGCUAUAUCAGAUCUCCGCCACCUCAUGAACGGUCGUCCUUCAACCCAUUUUAGCACUUCUGUAAUCCAGCAACCAGCAUCCACCGCCGAGAUGUACAGGAAUCUGGCCCAAGUUCCGGCCCAACAACACCAUCAGUAUGAGAUGAUGAUGGUGGGUGGUGGUGGUGGUGGUGGUCGCCAAGUUGGCGACUUUAUGGCUCGUGGUUUACAUGAGUUUUGUGCCGAUACUGCUACUACUAGUGCUGCUGCUGCUGCUAGUGUUAGUGCUGCUGCUGCUGCUGCUACUGUUGGUAUUAAUGCUGCUACUCCGAGUUUCAGUGGAUUGGAUGCAGACGGCGGUUCCUUCGGCGGAGAUAUUGGAGGCACCGGGAGAUGGCCGAGGCAGGAGACUCUAACCCUGCUUGAGAUCAGAUCUCGUCUUGAUCCAAAGUUUAAAGAGGCUAAUCAGAAAGGUCCUUUGUGGGAUGAAGUUUCUAGGAUUAUGUCCGAGGAACAUGGAUACCAACGAAGUGGAAAGAAAUGCAGAGAGAAGUUUGAGAACCUAUACAAGUACUAUAAAAAGACUAAGGAAGGAAAAGCUGGAAGACAAGAUGGUAAGCAUUACAGGUUCUUUCGUCAACUGGAAGCUCUCUAUGGAGAGUCCAGCAAUUCAGUCUCGGUCCCGGAAACGCAUUACCUUGGCACCAGUCUCCGCUAUCAAGGCGCCACUAACACAAAUCCUCAUGCAACCCAAGACCCUUUCCUCCAUUCUCAAAAACUCUGUGACAGCCUUAGCCUCUCUAAUAAUACUUCCGAGUUCGAUACGUCGUCGUCGGACGGCGCCGGAGGGCUAAUGGACAACGACUCGACGGAGAAAAGGAGGAAGAGGAGAGGUGGGAGGAGCUGGAAGACGAAGAUAAAAGAGUUCAUCGAUUUGCAGAUGAGAAAACUAAUGGAGAGACAAGAGGUUUGGCUUGAUAAAUUAACGAAGACACUUGAACAGAAAGAACAGGAGAAGAUACUGAGAGAGGAAGAAUGGAGAAGACAAGAAGCUGAAAGGAUUGAUAGAGAGCACAAGUUUUGGGCUAAAGAACGAGCAAGACUUGAAGCUCGAGAUGCCGCCAUGAUUGAAGCCUUGCAAAACUUGACAGGAAAGCAAUUUAGUAAAACUCCGUCUCCUGAGGAGCUAAUGGGUACUGAUCAAAUCCAAAACAGCAAUGAAAACCAGAACGAGAACGGCAGUCAUGAGACGAUAAACACCACAACGACGACGGGGAAUGCGGAUAGUUGGCCGGAGUCGGAGAUUGCGAAACUUAUAGAGCUGAAAGCCAGCAUGGAUUCAAGAUUUGAACAAAGUGGGUGCUCAGAGGAGAUUCUAUGGGAAGAAAUAUCUGCUAAAAUGGCGUGCUUAGGCUACGAGCGGAGUCCUCUCAUGUGCAAAGACAAAUGGGAUACCAUAAACAAUUACUUGACACUGAAAACAAAGGAGUACAACAAGAAAAGAAAGGAGAAUUCAAGAACCAGCGAUGGCGGCUGUGGAUAUUUCCCCAGCUGUGAGUCAUUAUAUAAUCAACCGAAUGCUUUUUGCGAGAUAAACGAGCAAGGACCAGAGACCAUAAGGCUACAAACCACUGAUGGGUCUUCUCCGGGUUCUAACUCAAAUGCUGCCGGAAACUCCGUCGGCGAUAGCUGCUUCCGGUUCUUGAUGGCCGACGGAGAAAAUCUGUGGGAAAACUACGGUUUGAAGCUAAGCAAAGGAGAUGAAAACCAGUAAGUUGUAUUCGUUUGUUGAUGAUGAUGAUGAUGAGUUGAAGGUUAAGCUGAUAACGGAAGAGAUCGAUCAGCUCGAUCAUCACCGUGUCUCUCUUAACUUCGAGACAGACAAGAAACUGACUGAGAAUUUUUAUUAUGUUGGGAUCUUGGCUUUCAAUGGGAUUAGAGAAGGAGUUUAAGAAUUAAGAUAAAAUAAUUACGGGGGUUAAUUAAAUUGAUUAAUAUCUUGGAUCAAGGAGGGAAGGAAUUGCUGCAUGUUGAAUUAAUCAAUUAAUCUCUAAUUUUCUUGGCUCUUUAAUUAAUAUGCAGACGAUUAAUUCUU